ACACUCCCCUCUCCUUCCUCUCAUACAGAGGCGUCUCUGCCUUAUUCAGAGAAGUUUUCAACCUGUGUAGAAAUAGUUCAUGAGAGUUGGGUACGUCUUUUCUUAGAGCACGCAGGCCUAACAAGGCUAUUGUCUUGUUCUUGUUGGCUCAUGUAGACAGACAAGUUUCUGAGCGGACAAACAUGAAGACAACCCUCGUUUUUUUCAUCACUUAUCCUGUCUUGAAGACAGGACGCAAUUUAGAAUAAAUGUUCUUCACCUUAAAGGCACAGGACUUGAUUCAUCUUAGACCUUCCUGUUUUUGUCAUUUAGAGUGACCAACUUUUUGUCACUCUGCUCUGGAAUACACCAAUUUUCCUCGGAGAAAGGGUUUGUGUAAAGCUUUCCUCCUGGAUUACUUUUGGAGAUUAGUGAUGGGGAAUGCGGCGGCAGGGGGCUUGGAGCAAGAACCUGCUGACGGCCGGGACGCCAGGAUCUCGGUUUCGGCAAUGAGUGAUCCCGCACUUGUCUUGCAGAAGAAACAGUCGGCUCCCCCAAAACUUCCCAUGCCUCCGGAGGAGGAGCUGGAAGAACGCUUCAAUGUGGUCCUGAGUUACAUGAACCUGCCUCCUGACAAACUGAAGCUGUUAAGCCAAUACGACAAUGACAAGAAGUGGGAAUUAGUCUGCGAUCAGGAGCGUUUCCAAGUGAAGAGCCCUCCUUCCACCUACCUGGUCAAGAUCAAGAGCUUCUACCAAGAUCAAGGAGGGGUGUCCCGAAGGUUAAAGAAAAGGAUUCAAGAUGCCACUCAGGUCCUUAAAAACCUGGAGAUAUCUCUUCGUACCAACCACAUCGGAUGGGCCCAGGAGUUUCUCAAUGAGGAGAAUAAAGGUUUGGAUGUUCUGGUGGAAUACCUGUCCCACGCCCAAAGCGACUCCCCGUUUGACAUGGACAGUGUGGAAAACGGAACAGUGUCAGACAGGAAAAAGUCAAUGGACAGAUCAAUGGAGGAUUUGACCAAGAGUCCCAGCAGCAGUCAGUCCCACGGGGUGACCAGAGCUGCUCGGGCGCUGACUGUGAGAAUAAGCUCAACUUUGGUGAACAAGAUGCAAAAGAAGCCCCAUGUGUCCCUCCAAAGAGACGACAUACAUGUCUGCAUCAUGUGCUUGCGAGCCAUCAUGAACUACCAGUCUGGCUUCAACCUGGUGAUGAGUCACCCGCGCUGCGUGAACGAGAUCACCCUCAGUCUCAACAGCAGGAAUCCCAGGACCAAGGCUCUUGUUCUGGAGUUACUGGCUGCGGUGUGUCUUGUCAGAGGAGGGCAUGACAUCAUUCUCUCUGCUUUUGAUAACUUCAAGGAGGUGAGCAAAGAAAAGGACCGCUUUGAGAAGCUGAUGGAGUACUUCAUACAUGAUGACAACAACAUUGACUUCAUGGUCGCCUGCAUGCAGUUCAUUAACAUCGUGGUUCAUUCAGUGGAAAACAUGAACUUCCGAGUCCAUCUACAGUACGAGUUCACUCACCUGGGAUUAGACAAGUAUUUAGAGAGUCUGAAAGAGACUGAAAGUGAGAAGCUGAAGGUUCAGAUCCAAGCCUACCUGGAUAACGUGUUAGAUGUGGGAGCUCUGCUGGAGGACGCUGAGAACAGAGGAGGAGUGUUGGACCAUGUGGAUGAACUCCAGGAGCACAACAUUCAGCUCUCUGCCAGGCUUCAGGAGGUUGAGAAUCAAAGUGCAGAGAGGAUAAGUGAACUCGAAACUCAGUUAUUGCAGUCAUCCAAGGAGAUCGAGCUGCUCAGAGAAAGCCUGCGAGAGUCGUGCUCCCAGGUUGGCUCUUUGCAACAGAGGGAAAGAGAACGGGAGCUGGACAGGGAAAGGGAGAAAGACCGUGAGCGUUUGAGCACCUCUGUCAGUCAGACAAAUUCUGAGCUGGAGCAGAAGAUCCAGGAGCUGCAGGAAAAAGGUUUGAUUCGAGUGGGUCGCAAUCCCUCAGGUGGUUUGGAUAUCCAAGUGGUGCCCGUCACAGUGGUGGAAUAUGUCCAAACCCCAACGACUGAACCAAGCAGUCCGAGCCCUUCUUCACCUCCAGCCCCUGCUGGUUCAGAGCAAACUGCCCCUCCUCCUCCACCACCUCCACCUCCACCCCAAGAGGGAUUGUCUGGGACAUGCCCACCUCCUCCUCCUCCUCCUCCUCCUCUAUCUGGGACAUGCCCACCUCCUCCUCCUCCUCCACCACCACCUGGUGCUGGUCCCCCACCUCCCCCUCCCCCUCCUGGUUCCGGUCCACCACCGCCGCCUCCCCCACCUGGUUGUGGACCACCGCUUCCCCCUCCUCCACCUGGCGGUGGACCCCCAUUACCUCCUGGAGCUGUAGACACCCAGUCUGGGCUUAAGAGCAAACGGAGCAUUCAGACCAAGUUCAGGAUGCCUCUGUUGAAUUGGCAAGCGUUGAAACCUAACCAGGUUACAGGCACAGUCUUCAAUGAUCUGGACGAUGAACAGAUCUUAGAGGAGCUUAAUAUGGAGGAUUUUGAGGAGCAGUUUAAGACAAGGGCCCAGGGGAAUGCAGCAGAUCUGUCCAAAGUCAAGAAAAAGAUGGUCCAAAAAGCUCCCAGCAAGACAUCUUUGAUUGAUGCCAACAAGGCCAAGAAUCUGGCAAUCACUUUACGGAAAGGAGGAAUGAGCCCAUCCGACAUCUGCACUGCAAUAGAGACAUACGAUCAGUCCUUAUCCAUAGACUUCCUGGAACUGCUUGAACACUUUAUACCAUCAGAUUUUGAGAUGAAGCUUCUGGUAAAUUAUGAGAAAGAAGGACGACCACUAGACGAACUGACCCAUGAGGACCAAUUUAUUUUACGCUUUGGGAAGAUUCCUCGCCUGAACCAGCGAAUAAACACUCUCACCUUCAUGGGCAACUUCCCAGACACCAUCAAACGCUUGCAGCCACAAUUGAAUUCCAUCAUUGCUGCAUCGAUGUCCAUCAAGUCUUCGGCCAAAUUAAAAAAGAUCUUGGAAAUUGUUCUUGCCUUUGGGAACUAUAUGAACAGCAGUAAGAGAGGUGCAGCGUAUGGUUUUAGGCUGCAAAGCCUCGACCUCCUGCUGGAGACUAAAUCUACUGACCGUAAACAGACGUUACUUCACUUUAUCACCAGUAUUAUCCAGGAAAAGUACCCCGAUCUGGUCAACUUCUACACUGAUCUUCAAUUUGUGGACAAGGCAGCACUUGUGUCCCUGGAUGGCAUUCUGCAAGACAUCCGCACGUUAGAGCGAGGAAUGGAAAUGACCAAGAAGGAGUUCUUGGUGCAGGACGACAGUACUGUGUUGAAGGAAUUCAUCAAAGUCAACAGUGAACAUCUUGACUCUUUGAUCAAAGACAGCAAGACAGCACAGGAGGCUUACCUUUCUGUCGUGGAGUAUUUCGGAGAGAACCCCAAAACCACACAGCCCUCCAUGUUUUUCCCCAUCUUUGGACGCUUCAUAAAAGCCUAUAAGACAGCAAAGCAGGAGCUUGAGCAGAAGAAGAAAAUGGAGAGCGAAAGCCAGGAGGUGAAGGAAUCGCCAUCUCCAAACAAGGCAGUGAGUCCAAAGGGUCCUGGGAUGCCAAAGAUGCCUCAAAUGGACCUAAUUGCAGAACUGAAGAAGAAGCAGUUGAAGCCUCCAGUCCGUGAAGGAAAAGAUGGAGCUCUGGAGGACAUCAUCACAGAUUUGAGGAACACACCAUACAGGCGGACAGAUGGUCGUCGCCCUGCACAGCGCCAGGAGACUUGAGCUAUUUCUGAUUCACACUUUUUUUUUUUUAGCUUAAAGACAUAACUGGAAUCACAUUCAAUAUAAGGAAAAUCCUAUUUUCUAAGAUGAGCUGUACAUAGAAUAUUUUUCAUGAUUUAAAUUCAUUUAUAUCCAUAUAAUAACAAGUAUUACUAUUACAAUAUCACGUUUUUUAUCUGUAAAUAGAAUUUGGAAAUAUUUUUAAAUAACAGGUCAUGAAGUUGAAUGAAAAAAUAACAAAAACAAACAUUAAAUAUUUUCAUGGUGCCUUAAUGGAAAUUGGAGUUAGGUAACUCGUGCUCAAUAAUUCAAAGUAAAGUGCUUUUUUUCAGCC